AUGCCAGCAGUAGUACAGUUCUCUACCACCUUCUCACCCUUACUACCUCUCCACAGACACAACAAUGAUUCUACCAAGAAACACUCUACAUAUUUUAUCAAAUCCGCAAAGCCCAUCAAUUAUUACACUCACUCAAGAGCAAAGCUUGAAUAUUUACGCAAAUACAGGUUCUGGGCAGCUGCUUGGAGGGAUAAAUUGUCAUUUUCAGGAUUGGGCAGGGGCAAAAAUGGGAUUAUCUUGAGUAGGGGUAGGAGGGUUGUGUUGGUGAAAUCAAAUAAUGGGCUCAAGGGUUUUGGCGGUGGCGGCGGCGGAGCCGGCGGCGGUGGUGGUGGUGGUGGGAAAAUUGACGGUGAAACUGCAAGGGUAUUGGGAAAUCUAGCUUUGGCAAUUUUCUUGACUUAUCUCACUAUGAAUGGGCAGUUGGGUUGGCUUCUUGAUGCUGUUGUUUCCAUUUGGCUUAUUGCAGUGCUUGUGCCAAUUGUUGGAAUAGGAGCUUUAGUGUGGUGGACGAGUCGAGUUAUAGUCCACAGCAACUGCCCUAACUGCGGAAAUGAAUUUCAAGUUUUCAAAUCCUUGAAUGAUGAGGUCAAAUUGUGUCCAUUCUGUAGUCAGCCCUUCUCAGUGGAAGGCGAUAAGUUUGUGCGAGACCCAGUGACAUUUUCCAACGAAUCAACGACUUUUGAUCAAGAAUUCAACAAAUUCUCUCCUCGAACAAAGAAAGGCAAAAAAUCGCCUGGUUCUGUAGUGGAUGUCGAAGCAAAAAUAAGAGAUGCAGAUUGA